AUGACCGCCAAGCGUCUUCAAUCCAAGCUCUUCGGCGCCAUGAAGGGGGAGCAGGGAGGGCCAGCCCGCACAUCGUCCCCCGUGCCCCCACUUGACACGGACGUGCCGUCCCCCGAGUCUCUUCCCGGAUCUGGCGCCGCGACGCCCGUCAACACGUCUGCGCCAGUGCCCGCCCCCAUCGCCGCUGCGGCCGCUGCCGCAGCUGUCGGUCCCGGAGCGAGUGCGAGUACGCCUGCUUCUGAGCCGCUCAAGAUCAGCAUCCCCACGCCCAAUAGCGGGGCACCACCUGCGCGCGAGAAAGAGCACUUCCCCCAGCGUCUCAACCUCAAUGCACAGCCUGCUUCUGCGCCGCCAGUAGUUGCGCCAGAGGAGAAGACCCCGCCUGCGGUGGACACCCGGUCGCCUCACCCAGGUACUGGAAGUGACACGGACACGCCUCGUGAGCGCAAGCCUCUGCGCGAGCGUCUCAUGUCGUCGAUGGGCGCGCGGUACCGCUCCGUCGAAGAGUACCGUCUCGACCAGAGCGACCGGUAUGAGACGCACUGGAAGCGCUGGGGCCCAUACUUGUCCGAGCGCCAGUGGGGUACCGUCCGCGAAGACUACAGUGCCAACGGCGAUGCGUGGAACAGUUUCCCCUUUACCAUGGCCAAGAGCCGCGCGUACCGCUGGGGAGAGGAUGGCAUUGCUGGAAUCUCGGAUAACCACCAGCGCCUGUGUUUCUCACUCAUGCUGUGGAACGGCAAUGACGAGAUUCUCAAGGAACGCCUGUUCGGUCUCACGGGUGAGCAAGGCAACCACGGCGAGGACGUCAAGGAGCUCUACUACUACCUCGACUCGACCCCAACGCACUCGUACAUGAAGUACCUGUACAAGUACCCGCAGAAGGCGUACCCGUACCAGCAGCUGCUGGACGAGAACCGCAACAGGUCUCGUGAGGUGCCCGAGUUUGAGAUUACGGACACGGACGUCUUGGACGAUGACAGGUACUUUGACGUCUUUGUCGAGUAUGCCAAGGACGAAGAGGACGCCAACUCGAUGUCCGUCCGCAUCACGGCGUACAACCGUGGUCCGGACGCCGCCGACCUGCACAUUCUCCCGCAGCUGUGGUUCCGCAACACUUGGUCCUGGCCCAAGGAGAUGCCGAAGAUCAUGCCACAGCUUCGCGAGGAGGCCGAUGGCGUCAUCGAGGCGACCCACGACACGCUCGGUUCCACUCGUCUCUACUGUCUUCCCUCCCCCUCGCCGGCCGCGCCGACCAAGGGCGGUGUCGUCCUCGUCGACGGCCCCGGCGUCACCCCUGACCUGCUCUUCACUGAAAACGACACCAACUUUGAGCGUCUGUACCGCGGCCAGAACCGCACGCCUUACAACAAGGAUGCUUUCCACGACUAUGUCAUCCCCAGCCACAGGCCCAAGCCUCCCCAGCCCGAGAAGGUUCCCGAGCCCGAGCCAGUGCCGGAGCCUGAGCAGCCUAUCGAGGAGGACGCAGAUGGCGUCACGGCCGCCACGGCCAAGCUCGAGUCGGCCACGAUCCAGCUCCCCAAGGUGAACGCGACCGUCACGCCCGAGUGCUACCCUGCUACCCACUUUGUCAACCCAGCCAAGGAAGGUACCAAGGCUGCCGCGCACUAUACGUUCAAGGACAUUCCUCCUCGUGGCGGAUGUGUCGUCGUGCGUCUCAAGCUCACGCCCAACGCACCGUCGGAGGACCCCUCGAUUCUCGACGAGGAGCUGUUUGAUGACAACGUCGAGGCCCGUCGCGUCGACGCCGACGAGUUUUACAGCCGUCUCGGACGUGGACCCAUCAGUGACGACCUGAGGAAUGUCAUGCGCCAAGCCCUCUCGGGCAUGCUCUGGACCAAGCAAUACUACCGCUAUAUCCAAAAGGAGUGGAUCGAGGGCGACCCGGGCCAGCCUCCCCCACCAUCGGAACGUAAAUGGGUGCGCAACAAGGAAUGGCGCCACUUGUACAUUGACGACGUGCUGUCCAUGCCUGACAAGUGGGAGUAUCCCUGGUUUGCCACCUGGGACACUGCGUUCCACUGUAUCCCUCUGGCCAUGGUGGACCCUGCCUUUGCCAAGAAGCAGCUCGACCUGUUCACGCGUGAAUGGUACAUGUCGGCCAAUGGCGCGUUGCCAGCGUACGAGUGGAACCUCUCCGACGUCAACCCACCCGUGCACGCGUGGGCGUGUUUCCGUGUCUUCAAGAUUGAACGUAACAUGUACGGCCGCGAAGACCUCGACUUCCUCGAGCGCACGUUCCAAAAGCUCCUGCUCAACUUUACGUGGUGGGUCAACCGCAAGGACAGUGAUGGAAACAAUGUGUUUGAAGGCGGUUUCCUCGGUCUCGACAACAUUGGUCCAUUUAACCGUUCCGAGCCCCUGCCCACCGGCGGUACCCUCCGUCAGGCCGACGGCACGGCAUGGAUGGCCUUCUACUCGCUCAACAUGCUCAGCAUUGCGCUCGAGCUCGCCAAGCACAACCCGACCUACGAGGACAUUGCGUCAAAGUUCUUUGAGCACUUCCUCUACAUCUCCGACGCCAUGACGUACCCGGCCUCCAACGACCAGCACCUCAGUCUCUGGAACGAGGAGGAUGGAUUCUACUAUGACAGUAUCCAGUUUGGCUAUGGUCACGCCCAGCAGCUCCCCAUCAGGAGCAUGGUCGGUCUCAUCCCGCUGUACGCGACCCUGGUCCUCGAGCCUCAGACUCUGAAGCGCUUCCCCGGAUUCAAGAAACGUCUCGACUGGUUCAUCCAGAACCGUCCGGACAUUUCGGGCCGCAACGUCGCCAACAUGAAGGAACGUGGUCGCGGCGACCGUCUCCUGCUUGCCCUUGCUUCCAAGGAACGCCUGGUCAAGAUUCUGGAGAAGAUGCUCGACGAGGACGAGUUCUUUUCGGAUUACGGCGUGCGCUCCAUGAGUCGAUACCACAAGGACCAGCCAUUCAACAUGAACGUCAAGGGCCAGGACUUUGGUGUGCAGUAUUGGCCUGGAGACUCCAAGUCGGGCAUGUUUGGUGGUAACAGUAACUGGCGUGGUCCGGUCUGGAUGUGUGUCAACAUCCUCCUCAUUGAGAGUCUGCAGCGCUUCCACCAGUUCUACGGCGACAGCCUGCAGGUCGAGUGCCCCACAGGCAGCGGUUACUACAUGAACCUCGCCGGAUGCGCCGAGGAGCUGCAACACCGCCUGAUCCACAUUUUCGGCCGCGACGAGGACGGCCGCCGCGCCGUCAAUGGCGGCAGCAAGAAGCUCGACAAGGACCCAUACUUCCGCGACUAUGUGCACUUUUACGAGUUCUUCAACGGCGACGACGGUCGUGGACUGGGAGCAUCCCACCAGACCGGCUGGACUGGUGUGGUCGCCUGGCUGAUUCACCGUACGGGAGAGUACUGCCGUCUCCCCAAGACCCCCAAGACGCCGCGCUCGAUGGCCCGCCACUACUUCGACGACAACAUCCAGACGCCGAGCGAGUACGGUCCCGAGAGCUCGCUGAACUCUGCGUACCCAGAGUCCGAGUGGGACCAGCCCGAACCAGAAGAGCUUUAA